AUGUCGACAUCCCUCCCAACCCUCCCCCCAGAACUCCACCUCCUCAUCUGGGACUCCCUCCCAACCCGCUCCGACAAAGCCAAUCUCGCCCGCACAAAUCGCCCCCUCUACACCCUCCUAAUACCCCGCCUCUACAAAGAAGCCCUAGCAUCCUGGUCCCAACACCGCUCCCUAACAUCCUGGAGACUCGAGGCGCUAGCGCAGGGCAAUAACCUCGCUGCAAUGACGCGCUUCCUGAACGCCGGCGCGCCAGUCUCAACAGUGCACGAGUCCCGCACAACCGGGACGUACGUAUCCUGCGCUGUUCUCGACGGCGCGGUGCGGAAAGGCUCACCCGAUAUGGUGCGCCUCUUACUGGAGCACAACGUUGACCCCAACGCAGCGGACUACUGUGGCUGCGCGGUGCUAGGGCGCGCCGUCCAGAAACAGGAUCUCGCGAAAGUGCGCUUGCUUCUUGAUGCUGGGGCGCACGCGGAUGGGUUCACGCGCGCCGAGGAUGCCGAGGGGAUCGACCCCGUUGGCGAGGACAGGGAAAAGGAACGCGUGCUUAUUCGGGCGCUUGCUCGGGUACGGCCCCGGGGGAAGGCGGAUAUGGCUACGGCUAUGACUACGGCUAGGGAGAUUGUCGGUGCGCUGCUUGAUAGGGGGGCUGAUCCUGCGUGUGUGGGGAGGGAUGGGCUGAGUGCGUUGUGUUGGGCGGCUAGGGGGGGUGAUGCAGGGAUUGUGCAACGGAUCUUGGGUCUUGUGAGUCGGAAGAAGGGGUUUGAUAUCAGCGCCGGGGCGCCGCUGGUGUGGGCUGUGAAGUCUGGGAGUGUCGAUGCGGUGCGCGUGCUGCUUGGGCAUGAGCAUGCAGAUGGCUCGGAGAUGGAGACACAAGCGCUGGAGAGCGGCGAUACGGUGCUAACGUCUGCUGUCGCGCUGGGAGAUCUGGCCAUGCUGUUUUUCGUGACGGCUUAUCUCCCGCUUACAUUGGAGACAGUGGCAGCACAAUUCAGACACAACGACCGGCGCAGCGACCUGCUUACUAUCGCCGUCCGGAGUCGCUCACCUGAUAUGGUGCGAGCUAUUCUCAACGCCAACGCCGGGCUAAACGGACAAGACGAGUACGGACGCACGGCUCUCUGGCAUGCCGUCCGCAAGGGAACCGAGGAGGUAGUCCGCGUACUACUUGACGCAGGCGCGGAAGUCAAUAUCCCAGACAAGGAAGGCGAAACGCCGCUACACAGGGCGUUCCAGAUCCCUCGACGCAGCAAGCGCACAAGCAUCAUCACCAUGCUCCUCGAUGCCGGGGCGUGCCCGCGCACCCCCGACCCGCUGAUAGACCUCGCGCCUUUGCUCUGCGCCGCGGCUGGCGGGGCUACCGCCGUUGUGCGGAAACUGCUUGCGCUGGGCGUGGAGCGGGACUGCAAAGGCAAGCACGGCGAGACACCGCUCUGCGUGGCUGCUAUGUGCGGGCGUCCGGAGGUCGUGCUGGAGAUGCUAAGCGAUGGGACAGCCCCUGAGACAUGGAGACGCGGGGGCCGAGGACUGCAAGGCGCGUAUGCGACGUACCUUGACCAGCCGGAUAGCAGCGGCCGCACGCCGCUGCACCAUGCUGCCAUGCACGGCUUCGUUGAUAUUGUUCGUAUCCUCCUUGUCCGUGGGAGCGACGCGAUGGACAGGGCUUCCUGUUCCGGUACGACGCCGAAAGGUUUCUGCGACGGAGUCCGCUAUGCCGCGCUGGACAACGACGAUGGCACGAUGCAGGAGAUCUACGAGUUCCUUUGUGAUCCUGGCACAGCGACGAUUGAUGCGGAUGUGCUGCGGAAUGCGGCGGGGCGGUGCAGGCGGUAUAGACGGUGGGAUCAAUGUUACGAGUGCGACUGCGUGCUGAGUGGGUUUGGCGGGUGGUAUAUAAACCCGGGGUCUGGACGGACUGGGUAUCGGUGUUCUGAGUGCCAGUUUAGUGUUGGGUCUGACGGUGAGGAGGUUACGUAUGCUGAUCUUCAUCCGAGCUAUACGUCUCCGUCUGCGUCUGAGGAGGAGGAGGAGGAGUAG